CCUACGCUGCUGAAUACGGUAUUCAGUAAAUGUAAACAGUAUCGUUUAUAUUAAUUUUAACAUGGUUUUUACCAAAGGCAGCGUACGUAGCGCAAUCAAUUGCAGUAAUAAUAGGAAGAAGACACCACAUUUGUCCGAGAGGAGCAAGAAAUGGUUAAUAAAUAGUAGAAGACAGGUCCUGCUGCAAAAAGAUUUUCUUUAUUUCCACAAUAACGUGAAGUUUUGUGCGUUACAUUUCGAGUCAAACCAGUUCAUGAGCGCGGAAAAGAAGACAUUGGUAUGGAAUGCAGUUCCUACGUUAUUUGACGUGCCGAAUAAGCCACAACUAGUGACGAUGAAGAGAAAGUUGUCGUACAAACGUGAAAGUGUUACUGCAAAAACAAUAAAACUGUCUCCUGACACAGAAGAAACUGCUACCACAAGUGUUACUACACGAGAGAGACACAUAAAAUCACUAACAACGGAAUCUGCAACACAGACAUCUUUUGAAGAUGAAAUGCUUAGAUUACGUGAAAUUAUUCGUGUGUUGGAGAAUCGUGUAAAAUCUAAAAAUGUGCAAAUCAUUAGACUUCGUACAAAAUUAUUACAUGACAAGGAAAGUGCCCAUCGUAAGAAUAGACUGCAACCACGUCACAGGACAAGUACAAAAGGACAAGCUCAUUUUAAAAAGUAUUGGUUCCAAGUACUUGAAAAAAAGAUGCUCUCGAUUUAUUGAUAAUCUAAAUCAGUAUACCACUGAAUGGAAAACGUGUGCUAGAUAGAAAGAUGAAACUAAAUUAUUUGCCCGUAAUUUGUUGUAUUAUAGUACUGAGGCAUACAGUUUUUUAUCACACUGUUUUAG